CCAGUGCUCACCCACUGGGCGCCGGGCCCGCCCCCAGAGACGAGGGAGCGCUCGAGCGCCAGGCGGCGGGUUCGGCUGCGCAGCGGGGCUGAGUCGGCCGUGGCUGCCGGAGCACAGGGAGCGGACGUCUGGUUCCUGGAACCUCGGCACCGAAGACCCCAGGCCUUGCGCACGGCUCUCUGGACGACGGGGCCCAGAGCUGAUGGCAGACAAUGUCAGCCACUAACAACAUCGCCCAGGCCCGGAAACUGGUGGAGCAGCUCCGCAUCGAAGCCGGGAUCCAGCGAAUCAAGGUCUCCAAAGCCUCGUCGGAACUCAUGAGCUACUGUGAGCAGCACGCCCGGAAUGACCCGCUGCUGGUCGGCGUCCCCGCCUCUGAGAACCCCUUCAAGGACAAGAAGCCUUGUGUCAUUCUAUAGCUUGGUGUUCCUGUGCUCUCUCUCUCCCCCCCUCCCUCCUCCUUUCUCUGUGUCAGGGCAUCCUUCAGUACGUAGUUGAAGCAAAGCAUUUUGGGUCCCUGAAACUUCUGAUGCCAAAAGAAAUGUAAAACAUUGCCAGUGCCCAGAUGGGGAAAGAUACGCCCGCUGGGCAAUGAUGGGUGUUCAGAGCAAACAGUGUAGCCCUCAGGGCCUGGCGGAAGGACCGGUGUUGGCGGCACAACCGCUUUCAGCUAGGAAGAACCGCGAUGCCCAGAUAGUGUGGCCACCAUUUUUUAAACCCUCACUUGCCAUUUGAGCUGAGGUCCAGAGACGGUCAGGAGAAGGGCAGGGAAGGGGGCCCUGGCUGCUGGCCCCAGGUAGCCUGGGCAACCUGGCCAGUUGUUCUCACACACUGGGCCACUUGUAAAAAAGACUUCUGCUCCAGUGCUUUUUUAAAAGUAAAGUCAAAUUUGGGAGUAGGGGCUCAUAAUGAACUAUUUAGGGGAAAUCUUUUCAUUUAAACAGUUGUUAUCCUGUACAGCUAGAAUCAGGUUCCGAUGGCUGGCCGCGUGGCCGCGCUGUGCUGUGCAACGGUGCGCAGGUGGGGUUCAGGGGCCAGGAGGGGACUCUGCACAGGAAACGCACCCUGUGCUGCCCGCUGUCACCCUACUGUAUGGCGUGUGUACGGCGUGUCUCACUGUACCGCCACGCGCGACCCUGCCCUUUCCCGGGGACCCCACCCAUCACAGAAACAGAUUUUCAGCAACUUACCCCGGUCCCUGGAACAGCCAGCUGGGUUUAAUUUUCUCUCGAGCCCAUGGCAUUGACGUGGGCAGCGAGAGGCUGCGGCCACACUCUUAUCAAACCCGUCUCUUCGGGGGUUUUGUUUGGUUUGGUUUUCUCCACUUGCACUUACCCAGAUGGCCACUGUCCAUGCAGAGCUGCAGCCUGGCGGCAGGGACCCCUGAUGCAGUGAGAAAGGGUGUCUGAUGGCCCAGAGGCAGCCGCGAGGCCUCACAGGCGCUCUCUCCGCUUUCAUGCCCCUGCGACCCAGCGCUGUGGCUGGAGGCAGCUCGAGGCCUGUUGUUAGUGCAGUCCGUCACCCUUCCCAGCAGCCUUGGGAACUCCGUAUGUCGGGGGGUCAGGGGUUAGGCGCAGCAGGCCUUUUUUAAAAUUACUUUUUCCUUUGUUACGGCAUGGACAGUUAAAGGAACAGGAGCAUGGGGCCGAACGAACCUCCCUCCCCUCUGCCAGUGCCACCCGUGGCCACCAGGACCCCACACAGCCCUGAACCCGGGUCCCGCCCACCCUGUCCUGGGGCAGCAGGGCAACUGUGGGAAGAGACAAGCCCAGCUCUGCCCCUGGGGCCCCAGUGGACGUCAGCCUGAGGCCUGUGCCAGUGGGGUCCUGGACCUCAGCCAGGCCCAGGCCCUUACCUCGCAGCCAGGGUCAAGGCUUAGAUCGUGCCAGAGCUAAGGAGGCUCCAGUAGAUGCCCCUCCAUCCAGCUCCCACAGGGUAUAGGCUGGCGGGCUGAGUCUUUCUCCCCAGCACCCAGCUCUCCCCAGCCGGUCUGGGAGCACCAGGGGCUUUGGGGAGUCCAGCACCUCCAGACCUGCAGUUGGUCAGGGAAAGCCAUGAAGGCUCCCAGGCUACACCCGCCAUUCAUCGGGCAAGGAGCCCGCGCCACCCCACCACCCCGAGCCCCUCUCACUGUCCCCCAGCAGGAUGGGACAAACCCUCUUCUCGGGCCCAGUGGGAGUUAACCCCGAGAGGGCAGGGAGCGGGCAGCAGGGUGGGCCUCUGUGCGGAAGCCUUAACCCUUUGAGCCUGCGUCGAGUCCUUUCCUGUGCCCCCACUGACUGGCUAUGGGGCCCCAAACAAGGCAGGGGGUCCUGGUCUCAGCACCAGGAGCCCCCCAGGUUCCCAGGCGUCACCUCUGUCUCCGCCCCCCCGCCCUGCCAGUCAUUCGAAUCCCGGCCCCACCUUGUGUCCCCCACUCAGGUGACUGGAGAAGCCAGCAGGGAGAGAGUCGAGGACCCCCGGCUGAGGGAGGUGGGACUGAAUCCCAGGUCACCAGCUCCGUGACCUGCUGUGAGCUCAGCCUGCCGACACGUUCCCCACCGCUGCCACCCCCAGCUCCACAACAAGCUCCAUCCUGGGCCUGGGGAGGCUUCUGAGUCAGAAAACCCAGGGACGGAGUGGUUGGGUAAACGGAGGCCCUGAGCAAUGGUGAGGACAGUCAGUUUCCCACCUUAUUGCGGCACCUGCUCAGCUGCCUGCUCUAGGUGUCCACAGCCUCAGACCCCAGGGAUGUGGCAGCCUGCAGAAGUCCUUCUGUGGCUUUCUUUCCACCUGGUGGGGGGGGGGGGGGAGGGAAAGCCUUUUUCCCCCCAUUUAAAGUAAAACUCACUGUGCAUAGUGUAGACCUACAGCAUCAGUGCAUUUACAACAUGUGCUGCUUGUGCAUUCCUGGCACAAGUGUCCGUCCGCCCUGAAAACAUGAUUUUCAAGGGUUUAGGGACUAGAAGUGCUGCAUGCAUUAGGGACCUGGUGGUGGUGGCAGCACAGGCCUUGAGGACACCAGCAUCUCUAACUGUGUCAUGGUGGAAAAAAUGAAGGACAUGUCCACAGAAGGCAGGCAUGGAGGUGUGACUUCUCCCUGUCUUCUGCAGUCCGGGGCAGUGCUUCUAGCAGGCUGGCCUGCCUGGCCCCACUCCAGGGAGGAGCUAGAACACGCCCCAUCUUCCCAAAGGUGACUCCCAGGCCAAGAAUGAAGUGGCUCGGUUGUGCCCCCCGGGCCCCCCAGGGAAGGUAAACCCGCUGGGCUGGGAGGAAGGUGCUGUCUGGCUGGCUUCGGGGUCCAGGGCUGCGGUGGGCCUCCAGGCGGCUCAUCCACCAGGCAAAGGGCCCCGGCCCUGCCAGAGCAGGACAAGGGCCCCAGUUCUGCAGCCUCUCACCCCAAGCAUGAAUGACCAGGGGUAUUUGGUGGCCGAAGUGAGGCCACCAAAAGUCACUCAGCCUUCAGGAGCACUUAAAAAAACCCAGCCUGCCACGGGGCCCCCCUGAAAACAAGCCAUACGUCGGACACUCUGCCCUCCUCCUCCUCUGUCCACGGAACCCAUGGCCAAGCGUUGUGAGACUUGUUCCUGGUUUUCAGAAGCAACCUAUGGUUCUGGCAGGUUCUAACUCACCUGCCUUUGGAUGUCUUGUGGUUUUUAUUUCUGAUUUUUUAAAAAAAAUUCCAGGUGUGCCACACCCACUUUCUCACAGUGUUUUAAUAUUGUGUGGAAUUGUCAAUACAAAGUGAAUUAAUCCACAAUAAAAAGGCUCACGGCUCCUCGUC